AUGUUUAAAGACGGAUUAUUGAAGUAUGAAGAGGAGAAUGGACGGACUUGGCCACCCAGUCAUCCUGAAAAUUUAAGAAGACUCGUUUGUUCCACAAACAAAGAGCCAAUCGAAACAAGAUGUCACAGUAUAGGUGAAGAAAGCAAUAACGGCGUUUUAGGAACAAAUCUGUUCACAAUCUGGACGUGGCGGCAUCACAACCAAAUUGCCUCAGAACUCUUGCGCAUCAACCCUUGCUGGAACGAUGAAGAGUUAUACCGUACCGCGAGGGAGAUCAACAUCGCCAUUUUAAGUCAAAUAUUUUUCUACGAGUUCAAUUCUUUAUUGCUAGGCGCUGGAAACCUUUAUCAAGAAGGAAUACUAUCGCCAACACAGGGAUACAGGGACUUGUACGACGAGAAUGUACGGCCUACACUGUCUAUAGAAUAUGGCGUAGCCUUACGUUGGAUGCAUACAAUUCAGGAAGGAAAAGCAAAAAUGUACGACUUUGAAGGCAAUUAUUUGAAAAGUGUUGAUAUAGCCAACCUAACUCUUAGGACGGGGUUCUUGGCAGUUGAAAACCACAUAGACUAUAUAACACAAGGCGCCUUCAGACAAGCGGCUGGGAAAAUUGAUCAGACUAUAGAUCCUGAUAUGGCCGAUGCAGCUUUCGGUGUACUUCAGAGAGCGACAGACCUAAGCACGAGUGAUCUGGCGAAGAACCGUCUACUGGGAACUGCGCCGUACAUCUGGUACAGAAAACAAUGCUUUGGCGAUAUUAUAAGGAGUUUCGAUGAUCUCAAAGAAGCUAUUAAUUCAGAAGUGAGAAUGUAUAUGUAUAAUUAUUUUAAAUAUCUUAACUUUUGCUUCGCUCAGAACAUAGAACUAUUGAAGGAAUUGUAUAAGGACGUGGAAGAUAUAGACCUCUUAGCAGGAAUUUGGAUAGAGAGGCCGAUACCCGGAGCCCGAGUUCCUGCAACAUUCUACUGCCUCAUCAUGGACCAGCUCCGCAGGAUUGUGAUCAGUGAUCGACACUGGUAUGAAAGACCAAACAGACCAAAUGCAUUCAAUAUUAACCAGUUACUUGAAAUAAGGAAAGCCACGAUCGCGCGUCUAAUGUGUGACGUCGGAGACAAGGUCACGCGCAUUCAGCCAAGAGCCUUCUUGAUACCAGGACCGGGAAAUGAAAUUCGGAGUUGCUCCGAAAUUGAAAAAAUCGAUAUAGGAGCUUGGAAGGAUCCACAGUGCGAGCAGCUUUGUUUUAAGCAACACCAU